UGUCUUCAAGCCAGAAGAUGGCGCUGCGUCUGCUGAUGUCCCUGCUCAUGCCUUACCUGUCCUCUGCCGUCAUCUCUUGUUAUGGAGAUAAAGGCCAACCAGUAGACUGGUUCAUUGUGUACAAGCUGCCCCGUCAGGGUCACAGCGAAGAGGCAGGAAUGACGUACAUGUACCUGGACAGUAACAGUGGCGGCUGGGUGUCGGGGGCCUCGCUCAUGAACAGCACAGACAGCGCAGUAGGACGGACCGUCAAUCAGCUCUACAAGUUCUCACAGUCCCAGAAUGUGGCAUACAUACUGUAUAACGAUCAGCCUCCUGUUGACACAAACGGAGGAAGCCGCGGCCACACUAAAGGUGUGAUUCUUCUGGACAAAGAAAAAGGGUUCUGGCUGGUUCACAGCACCCCUAACUUCCCUCCGCCUGCAUCUGAAAAGUACGACUGGCCCGGAAGCGCUCAUCACAAUGGCCAGUCCUUCCUCUGCGUCACUUACCCAUACCUACAGUUCAGAGAAAUCGGAACUCAACUCCUGUACAACACCAUUACUCCAUAUGAUUCAUCUGUUCCUGCCGGCUUCUGUGGUGACUUACCUGAUCUAAAGUCUGCAGCAAUGAAGAAGGAAGUGUCAUCACCGCCCUGGAAUCGGCAAGUCACCCUCACCUCCGCCGGAGGCAAAACAUUCGUGAGUUUUGCCAAGCAUGCCAGAUUCGGAGACG